AUGGGGGGAAAUCAGCAGCAGCCCCCAGGUAGUGCUGAAGGUGGAGCCCGAGUCGCUACCACUCUGCCCGCCCUGGCCGGCGCGGGGAGCUCCCGGCCGCUCUCUCGCAUCUCCUUUAAAGGCCUUCUCUCCUCGGGCUCGGCCCCGCAGCUCCGCUCGCCGCUGUGCCCGCGGGGAGGCUCCGCCAGCAGCCCCGAGCCGCGGAGCGCCGGCCGCGCCGCGCCCCGGAGCCGCUGCCGGCUCUGGGCGCCCAGCAGAGCGGAGCGGGUCCGAGCUGGGCUCCAGCAUCUGCCUUCGGCUGCCUGGGAGGAGAUCGGGCAGGUGUGCUGCUCCUGGAGCCUCGGCACUGCCCAAAUGAAGCCGCUCGAGGGGCAGGGGGAGGAGGAGGCGGCGCAGGCACCGGCCCAGGGGCGCCGGCGGCGGCAGCGGCAGAGGACGAGCUGCCGAGCCAGCCCCUCGCCUCGGAGGGAGCAGCAGGCAGAGCUCUCCGGGCUCACCACAUCUCCGGGUGAAGGCAGGAUGAGCAGUCCCCAGGGACAGCCAGGUGGGGUUUUGGCCAGGAGUGAGCAGAGUGUGGAGCAAGUCAGCCAGACUGGAGGGCAGAGGGAAGAGGAAGGUCAAGGGAAAGCCCUCACGUGUGGUCUCUUGUGGCCCCACUGCCCUCCUGCAGAUGCAGAAACCCCAGAGGAGCCGCUGCUGAGUCUCCCCAGUGAGCUCUCAGUGCUGGACAGAUUUGGUUUGCACAGGGUGGCUUUGACCGAGCAGGAUCUGGAGGCAGCCUUUGCCCACCUCGCCCUGGCUUUUCGCUGCGACGUGUUCACCCUGCAGCAACGGGUGCUGGUGGAAAAACGGGCACGGGAUGCAGCAGAGGAAAACAUCCAGGAGGAGCUGGGGCAGUGCCGGGCUGCCCUGGAGAGGCUGGGCCGAUCCUGUGCCAAUGCAGGCUGCAAGGAGACGCUGCAGCAGCUGCAGCACAGCCUGGCCGUGCUGUCAGCGGCCGUCGAGAGGGCAACCAGUGCCGCAGAGAAGCUGGGGGCUGUACACCAGGAGGCACGGAUGAGCCGAGCAGCAGAGGUGAUGGUGCAGCACGUGGAGAACCUGAAGCGGCACCAGGCGCGGGAGCACGCGGAGCUGGAGGAGAUGAAGCGCCUGAUCCAGCAGAACUCCCGCAACCGGCAGCUGGCAGAGACCCAGGAUGAUGUGGAGCCACGGCUGAGACCUCACCCCCUGAAGAGAACUUUCCAGCAGGGGUCUGCCCGCCGCAGAGUCAGCAUCGCCGUCAUCCCCAGGCAGCUCUUGCCAGGUGCCAGCCCUGAGAGCCGAGCAGCCCCAGCGGGUGCCCUGGAGCCAGAGGGGGCCCAGCGCUGGCCCAGCAGCCAGAGGACUGAGCUGGAGCCACAGGGCCAGGACAGCGCCGUGACCGGGAGGCUGGUGGCAGAGGCAGAUGGCAGAGGCUCAGACACAGGGAACGAGGAGCCAGAGCAGCUUGGGCUGACGUCCAAGGGGUCUGCAGCAGAGCUGUGGCGUCCCUGGCUCUUCUUCCCACAGCACUACUGGGUUUUCUUCUGGCUGCUUCUCCUGAGCAUCGCCUUCCUCCUCCUCGUCCGUGCCCUGGAGUUGCAGCGGCUGCAGUCUGCAGCAUCCUCCAAGGCCUAGCUGGACCAGGGAGGAGGAGCUGAGAGGCGUCUCUGCUCCUUCCCCACGUCCUAAAACACCGAAACACUAGAAUAAUAAAAUGGGAGGAAAAAUG